CUUCUUGUAACCUUUUAUCAGUAACGAUGUCUGUUUUGUAUACUCUUUGUAUUUAUUCUGUCUCGUUGUGUCCGUGCUCUCGUGUUUUUGCUUGCAAUGUCUUCUACAAACAACACCAGCGUUGAACGCAAGAAACCAAUCGAAAAAGAGUUCAAAAUACGAAAUGCUCCCUUGACCGAUCGGUUCGAAAACAGCGAAGACAUCAAAACCAUUUACAACUUGUUUGCGAUCAUCCUUAUCAGUUUAUUGACAAACACGGUCAUUCACGAUUACACAAAAACCGGACAAUUUCACUUCGGAUUUAGAUUAAUCGAGCGAGGUUUUAAUAAAUUCCACUUAGUUAUCGUGGUUUGGGUUUUAUUUAACCUUCUAGCCUUUUCGUCGUACUUUUGUUUCACCUUCUGGGCGAACGUGAGAGUGCUGUUGAAACCGAGAACGGCGAAAUUUUGGGACAAAAUAUGGAGCGGCAUUUUGGUGUUUUAUUGUUGUUUUUCGUUAUAUGGGCUUCAGGAGGUCGUGAAAAUGAUGGAUUUUGCGCCAGGGUCGGCGACGGUUGUGUUUCUUGAAGAGGUGAGGCUUUUGAUGAAGGAGUAUGCGUUUAUUCGGAGUAAUGCGCCAAGGGUUGUUAGUUACAAAGCGCACAGUGAGAAGGUGUUAAGGGUACCACCAUGUGAGAAAUUUGUUUAUUUUCUGUUUGCCCCUACAAUGGUGUACAAGGACGACUAUCCGAGAACCGCACGCGUUCGUUGGAAUUUUGUUUUCUACAACUUUGGAGAAGUACUUGGGAUUAUAUGGCUCUUGAGUUUGGUUGUGGAAAGGUUUCUGGUACCACCGUUCGAAGAUAUUUGUUUACGGAAGUUCACGACGAGCGAAAUCCUGGUUCCUGUAGUGGCGAAUUCCUUUCCAGGGAUUCUCUUCAUGCUCUGUGGUUUCUACUCCGUUUUGCAUUCGUUUCAAAAUGCUUUUGCCGAGAUGCUGCGGUUCGGAGAUCGCUUGUUUUACAAAGAGUGGUGGACCUCCAGGUCACUGUCGGAGUACUACCGCACCUGGAACGUCCUAGUGCACGACUGGCUUUUCACCUACAUUUACAAAGACUUCUACCACACCAUUGUCCCCAAGAACAAAGUCGUCGCGAAACUGGCGGUUUUUCUAAUCUCUGCGCUCUUCCACGAGUGGAUCCUCACCAACGUCCUACGUCUGUUCUUUCCAGUUCAGUUCAUCCAGUUCUUCAUAGCGGGGGCAGUGUUGGCUCUGCUCAACAUCCUUGAUCUCCCUGUGGGCAACCUGGUGGUCUGGUACCUCAUCGUGUUCGGGUCUGGUAUGCAAGUCAAUUUAUACACACUCGAGAUCUUCGCCCGCGAAAACUGCCCCUUCGAGCCGAACAACAACUUCCUGGACUUCUUCAAACCGAGGUUCAUUACCUGUGGUUGUGUUCAGUGAAUGUGAAAUUUUUGUACGAAUUUUAUAAUUAAAUUUCAAACAUAAA